AUGUAUAUCAACUCCUCACUUCGCGUUCGUAUUUUCCGAGUUGUGACCUCAGAAUGGGGCUCCGUGAGCCUUCAAGCUCAGUACCAGCGCCAGGACGCGCUGCGUAACGUUCUUUCUCCCGAUACUCUCGACGCCCUGUAUCAAGAUGUACGGUUGCAUGGCGCAUUGCUUGGAUUGGCAGAUCGGUUGGUGUAUAUGUCAUCGAGUUUAGGUGAUCAAUAUGAUUCGGAGGGCUUGAAGACCUUUGCGAAGGACCUUACCCAGCAACUUUCUCGACUACGAGAGGCAAAGCCGGAGAAAAAGAAAAGAGGAGUUCUUGAGGAUCUGGGGAAUAUGAUCACAGGUGGUGGCGCGAAACCAAGUGGACAGCAAGGACAGGGUGGAGGAGGUGCGCUGGCUGGACUUGGGAAUGCACUAGGUCUUGGGGGUGGAAACGACACGGGUGGAUUAGGUGGACUUCUACAGCAAGGAAUUUCAUCGCUUGGGGACUCACUUAUUGGUAGUCUUGGGACACCGGCGCUCUUCCUCGGCAUUGGUCUUGGUAUGGGAACAGCAUCAGGCCUUAAUCUCAGUGAUAUGCAGCAAAACCAAGCCAUUGCUACACGUGUCGCUGCGACGUUCAAUGCCCAAGCCACCGGCAUCAACCAGGUGGCACAGAACUUGGGAAAUGGGCUUACUGCUCAACUCACCCCCUCGCUCUCAAACGUCACGAGUGGCACCCAAAUUGGCAUGGCAGCGUUUUCACUCGCCCAGGGCAUUGGUCAAGGUAGUGCAAGCGGACUGAAGUUAACGACCACGCAGUUUCAACCAAGUAAUGGAACUGAUAUCAUGGCUAUUGCUGGGAAUCUUGGAUUGGGAGUUUCGCAACCGAUUGCCAGUAGCAUCGAUUUGCAGAAGCUAUUCAACCAAGCCGGUGCUAAUGGCGGUCAAUUAGCAGCGCAACUCCCCCAAAUAGCUGCAGCUGCAGGUCAAGGCCUCGGAGAGGGAGCAAGCGCUGGACUCGGCCUCUCAAAAUCACAGCCCAAUCCCAAGGCAAAGCGGCAAUCCGACCCAAACCAAAUCAACAUCCCACAAACCGUUGGAGACUUCAGCCGCGGGCUGAGCCAAUCCUUCAUCCAGUCUUCCAAUCUCACUCAAGUCCUCAAUUCUAUUGCACCCGGAGCAAGCAAUGGCUUCGGGAAUGUUGAUAUCUUAGGCAUGAUCAUUCCCAUUGCUUCUGGAGCUGGAAAGGGAAUUGGCGAGGGUGCAGCGAUUGGUCUUGGGCUCCAGCAAGAUCCGGGAUUGGGCGUUAUGCCGGCGAAUUCCAGUAUGAAUCAAUCUACAGAAAUGAUCGUCGAACAAUUCUCGAAGGGGCUAGUUUCUAGCUUCCUCGCCAAUGGAACCGCGACUAAAGCGCUCGCGAACCUGACUUCCAGCGCAAACGGUCUGACCAACAAUUUGCAGGCCUCGAAGGUUGCCGAGGGUCUUGCAAGAGGGUUGAUUGAAGGAGGAGUUAAUGCGGUGUCUAUGGUUGGUGGCAUCCAAAAUGUUCUCAGCGGGAACUUCUCGCUGGAGCAGGCGAUGAACAUGCCUUCGAUGGGGAGCACGAAUUUCAAUGAUUCGGUUGGAGGAGCCGCUGUUGCUUUUGGAAGAGGGUUGGCUGGAGAGGGGACAUUGUUGAUUAGUAACUUGAUCACGAACUCGACGAAGCCUUCGCCAAAGAAGAGAAGUGUUGAGAUUCGGGAAGUUGGAGUAGUACCGUAUCAUUCAUUGAACCGCCGUGCGGAUUCGGAAUCUCUUGCAAUAAGCUCCAACAUGCUAUCUUCCCUCGCACAAGCUGGCACGAAUGCCAUCACGUGUCAAGGCUUCGGGGGUAUUGCAGCUAUUGGACUCGGAUUGAUCAAUAGCGGCACUCUUAAAAUCAAUCUAAAGAAUCCGGUACCUUUGGAUAACAGAACGCUUGAUGCGCUGCCGAAGGAGCCAAUCGUUAUUACUUCCGAGGGCAACAGGUUUGAGAUCAAGAUCCAGAAUUCGCAGGUCAAGAUUAAUGAGAUGGCGCUUGUUCCCUUUGCAGUUGUCACUGCACUACAUAUCGCACUAUCAACAUUCGCUUUCUUUUAUGCCCUCCCCGUUUAUCUCGCCUUUGGUGCUAUCCUUCGUCUUUCGGUUUUGAUCAACCAUCCUUUUAAUGAGACCAAUAACAGGAAAUGGCGGAAGCGGAUUCUACUCGGCUUAUUCCUUCCAACAUCGGUUUCUGGACUGAUUUUUGGCAUCGUAGGAAUGGGGAAGGCGAUGCAUUUCCAAACUGCUCAUGGGAUCUUCGGCCUCCUAACCUUCCUCCUCAUUCCCCCAACAGCCAUCCUUAGCAUCCGUCGCCUAAACACCACAAUCCCUCUCCCCUCCUCAUCAUUUGCCUUUAAAUCCCUCCUCAUGACCCUCAAAUCCCCGGCGAGAAUCCACGUCAUACCCACCAUCCUUGUUCAAUUCCUCCUCCAAUUUAGUACGCUAGCCUGGAUCCUCGGAUUCUCCGAACUCCGCAGUAUAUCUCUCUGCGUCGUCGACGCCAUCCUAACCGCCCCAGUGGUCGUGGGCGCCGCCAUGGCGUUGCUAUUCGCGCAGGUCGGCGCUAUGAGCCUCGUAGGUCUUCGCGUGUGGUUCGAACAACGUAUCGCCCGGUCUCCAUCGCCCUCCCCUUCUCCAUCCACUGUCCUCGAAUCUCGUAGUGGUAGUGGCAAUGUUAGCGCCAUGGACGGUAGCAUCAAGCGCAGCUCGACUUUUCAAACCUUCGCCUACCGCUCUUCUGGUGCUGCCGCCACACGCCCACAACACCUGACUCGCAACACGGAAGAACUGUCGGGUCGCGAAGACUCGAAGAUCGGGUGGCCAAGCAAUGUGCGGAAAUUUGGCGAUGCGACACCCGAUGAGCGUAGUAUGUCGGAUCCGUUCCAUGAUCCUGUGCAGAAUCCGUUUAGUCCGACGAGGAGGGUUUAUGAUGAGAAAUUGGGGUUUGAGAGGGAGAUUCCCGUGGAUGAGCGGGAUAGGGGUGGGGAGUUGGAAAAGUAUGUUGCGUACCAGCCGCGGCGGAGUGAGGAGUGGGAUGACAGGAGGGAGAGAGAGAGGAAUAGUGGGUUGUAUCCAGGAUAUGCUCAGCCGAGGAAGAGUGGGGAAGAGGAGCGCGAUAGCGGGAGUUUUUCAAGGUAUCAGAGUUUUUCGAGACCGAGGCCGAGUGCGAGUGGCGAGGAGAUUCGGAUCGGGUAUCCGAGUAUGUAUCGGAGGGAGGAUUUGGGGCGGUAGAUGGCAUACCUUGCGAGACGAGGCUUGCUGUGAGAAAAUCGGCUUCUUUUAUAGUAUAAUUGCUUUCUAGG